AUGGUGGAGAACGAUUAUGAGUGGAAUGUUCCACUUUUGGAAGCUUUAUUUACACCAAUGGAAGUUGGCAUAAUUGCAAGUAUCCCUCUAAGCCUUCGAGGAGCAGAUGACAACUUUGUUUGGCACUAUGACAAGAGAGGAAACUAUGGAGUGAGAAGUGGAUACCAUGUGGCCCGCCUUGAUGAAGAAGAUGGAUUACACUUGUUCAGAGAUUGUGAUGUUACUGCAUGCUUUUGGGUGUGUACCAAAUUGGGCCUUUUGGCCAAGAAUGUGGCUGCUUCAUGUGUGGAGGAUUGGGUGUUGAACGUCAUUGAAAAAUUGGAUGGUAAUCAACGUUGUGCUUUUUUCAUGGCACUCUGGGUCAUAUGGUCUGAAAGAAAUAAUGUCUUGUGGAACAAGAGUUUCUUUUGUGCCUCUAAUGCUGCGCAGUGGGCUAGUAAAUUUCUUGAGGAAUAUCAGCAAUUUCAUGUGCAUGGAAAUGCGCAAGGUAGAAGGGAAAAGACCAAAUGGCAGAACCCUCCUAGUGGGCGUCUGAAAGUGAAUGUGGAUGGGAGUUACCGGGCUGAUUACGGUGAUGGUGGAGUGGGAGUUGUGAUACGUGAUGAAAAUGGUAUGUGUUUGCCAGCUCUGGCUCGGCAUUUCCCACAUGCGUCAUCUGCUUUACAUAUGGAGGCUGAAGCAUGCAGGGCUGGGCUCUUAUUGGCGAUCCAUCAGGACAUGACCGUUAUUGAUGUUGAGAGCGAUUGCUCCCUUAUUGUUACUGCUCUGCAGCGUGAUGUGGAAGAUAGAUCUGAAAUUGGGCGUAUUAUCGAUGAUUAUGAAACUCCUGUUAUUAUUCGGGAUGUUCUCUAUGAGGAUGUUUGUAAUGUUUCUAAUGUUGCACGGGGUUCAGAAUAG